AUGGAUCCCGACGAGGUCGAACUCGAACCCGCCGGCGUCCACAACCACGACCGCCUCACCCACAACCCCCAGGCUCCAGGCGGCGGCGGUAACGGCAGCUGGGCCUGCCGCCUGCUCCGCUGCGGGUGUGACUUCGCCCGGAAGGCGGCCCUCGCCGGCGCCGCGGCCACGGCCGCGCCCGUGGUGGUCCCGCCGCUCAUCGUCCUCUCCGCCGCCGGCGUCGCGCUCUCCGUCCCCUUCGCCGCCUACCUCGCCAGCCUCGCCGCCACCGACUACCUCACGCGCGCGCUCCUGCGUGCCUGCCGACCGCCGUCGCGGCCGUACCACUACCACCGCCAAGAAUUCGACGACGGCGUGGAGCAAGAGUUUGGCCGGGGGCCUCCGGCUUUCGGUCAUUUGGGUACUGAAGCAGAGCAGCGCCAGCGCGAGGAAGACGAGUUCGACACUGCCCUGCUUCUGCUGCUGCCACGGGAUCAUGGUGUUUCUGAAGCGCUGGCGCCGGCGUUUGCCGACGACGGGGUGGACGAGGAGGAGGGCAAAACUUCUGCCCAAGAAUCUGGCCGGGAUUCAUGCACAGCAAGCCGUGGACAGGGAACCGAGGAGCACACACCAAUGGAGAGAAAGGAGGUGCUACCGAUGGGCUUCGGUGUUUCUGCAUCGGCAAACCCGCUGUUCUCAGACGAUUAUAGUCAGCCUCAGGUUCAGGAAAUGGGACAAGGUGAAUUUUCUGUACCGGAUCCAGUGCAACAACCAUUUCGAUCAGAGAAUUGGAGUGAGAAAGAGGGUGACGUGUAUUCUAAAUACUACAAAGAAGAGGAUGGCAGGAGUACAGAGGAAAACAAGGCUACCAAGGAGAAGCUGUCGCAAGGUUUCGGUUUUCCUGAAUCGUCAGGUGACAAAGACAAUGAGGAUCAGGAAAAGGGAGAAGGUGAAUUUUCAGCACAGAAUUCAGGCCAGUAUUCACUUUUAUUGAACCCCGGGAAUGAAAAUGAGCAGAGCAUGGCAGUGGAGGAGAAGAAGUCUGCCGAGGACAUGCCACUGAGAGGCUUUGUUGCCUCUGAAUCACCAGCUCCACUGUUCCAUGAUGAAGAGAAGGAGACCGACACUUCACUGUUGUUGCCACGGGAUCAUGAUGCUUCUGAAGCACCGGUGCCAGCGUUUUCUGACGAGGUAGGAGGUGAAUUUUCUUCUGUUCAAGAAUCUGGCCUCAAGUCAUACACAUCAGACCGCGGUGAAGAGGCAGAGGAGCACACACCAAUGAGGGGAAGUGAGUCUACUGGAAAGGAGGUGCUACCGCACAGCAUUGGUGUUUCUGCAUCAGCGAAGCCACUGUUUUUAGACGAGGAUAAUCUGGUCCAGGAAAAAAGAGAAGGUGGAUUUUCUGUACAUAAUUCGGGCCAACAAUCAUAUCAAUCGGAGAAUAGGAAUAAAGAAGAAGAGGAGGAUGGCAAAAGUACAGAGGAAAACAAGUCUAUCAAGGAGACGCUGUCACAAGGCUUCAAUUUUCCUGAACCGCCUGUGCCGUCACCACGUGGCGAUGACAACAAUGUGGUCCAGGAAAAGGGAGGUGUAUUUUUUGUACAGAAUUCAGGCCAAAAAUCAUUUCAAUCAAAGAAUUGGAAUGAAAAAGAAGAUGGUGGCAAAACUAGGGAGGAAAACAAGUCUAACGAGGAGACGCUGUCGCAAGGCUUCUAUUUUCCUGAACAACCUGUGCCGACACCGGGUGGCGAUGACGACAAUGUGGUCCAGGAAAAGGGAGAAGGUGAACUUUCAGUACAGAGUUCAGGCCAACAAUCAUUUCAAUCGAAGAAUUGGAAUGAUAAAGAAGAAGACGAUGGCAGAACUACAGAGGAAAAUAAAUCAACCGAGGAGACUGUGUCGCAAGGCUUGUAUUUCCCUGAAUCACAUGUUCCGGCGUCAGGUGACAAAGGCAAUGUGGUCCGGCAAAAGGGAGAAGGUGAAUUUUCUGCACAGAAUUUAGCUCCAUAUUCACUUCCGUUGAAUACCAAGGAUGAAAAAGAGAAGGACAUCACAAUGGAGGAAAAGAAGCCUACCGAGGACAUGCCACCGCGAGACUUCACAGUCUCUGAAUCAUCAGUUUCGGUGCUCCAUGGUGAAGAUGAUGUGGUUCAGAGCAAAGAAGGAUUUGAAGUCACAGUGCAAGGGGUAGUGGAAGAAGCCGAUAGUAAUACAGAUCUUGAUAUGGGUGAAGUGGAUAAUGUGCAAGUGGAGAUUAUUGCGAUUGCAGCACCUGAAAGUGAGGCGCUUCCUUCAUGUAGGAUGGAUCUUGUUACAGGGGAAAUUGUUGAUGUGUAUGCCGGCAUUGCUGCUGCUGUUGAACCUGAGACUGAGAGUGAGGUGCUGCAUCCGAGUAACCUUACGACUAGUGAGUCGUCGGCUGAUCCUGAAACCAGAGAAAUUGUUGAUGUGCAAGUCGACAUUGUUGAUGCUGCGGUGCCUCUAAGUGAGGUACUGCCACUGAGUAGCCUUGCGGCUCUUGAGUCACAGGCGAUUGCAGAAACUGCACAUGUUGGUGAGGUACAAAAUGAGAAGAGCAUGGCAAUAGAGGAAAAGAACUCUAUCGAGGACAUGCCACCGCGAGGCUCUUUUGUCUCUGAAUCAUCAGUUCCAAUGCUGGGUGGUGAAGAUGAUGUGGCUCAGAGCAAGGAAGGAUUUGAAGUUGCAGUUCAGGAGUUGAUGGAAGAAGCUAAUAGUAAUACCGAUCUUGUUAAGGGCGAAGUGGUUGAUGUGCAAGUGGAGAUUAUUGGUAUUGCAGCACCUGAAAGUGAGGUGCUGUCACCGGGUAACUUUGCGGCUCAUGACUCACCAGCAGAUCCUGUUGCUGGGGAAAUUGUUCGUGUGCAAGUCGACAUUGCUGCUGCUGCGGCGACUGGAAGUGAGAUGCUGCACCCGAGUGACCUUGCGACUAGUGAUACACCGGCAGAUUCUGUUACUGGAGAAAUUGUUAAUGUGCAAGUCGAUGCUGCUGCUGCUGCGGCGCAUGGGAGUGAGGUGCUGCCACUGAGUAGCCUUGCAGCUUGUGAGUCACAGGCAGUUGCGGAAACUGAACAUGUUGGCGAGAUUAUAGGAAUUACUGUGGUAGAAGACAUUGUCAGGGAUUUUGAUGAUGUCAAUAAAGGUGUUAGUUUUAUCCCGGUGGCCUCGGUGCAUGAUGGUGAAGAUGUAAUGUCCAGUGGGAGCACACCAUAUUUAUCCACCGUGGAGGAAGAGAUGAGUGACCAGCCCAAUCAGUCAACUGGUGCGGGCUACGCAGUGAAGAAUGAAGCAUUCGGGAGCAGAGUUGCUGCUGGGGGUGAGGCUGGCUACACCGAAGAAGAGUUGAGGGAACAACUUGACGCUCUAAGAACAAUAACUGGGUACGGAGCUGUGCCUUCUCCAACACUGGAAGGGGAGCUGGCGGGCCUCUACAUAUUCGUGGGUGUGGAACCCUCUGUCGGCUCAAGUGAUACCUUGGACCACCUGAUGGAGCUCAAUGCAAAACUCCGAUUCUUGAAAUCGAUCAUCGGAAUUGACUGA